AUGGCGCCGACAGAGACAGAACCGCCGGCAACGCCAGCUUUCCUGAGACUAUCAUAUCCGGCACCUCGUGUGCUCCUGAUACGAAUGGAUCGCCCAAAGGACUUGAAUGCAAUGUCUACGGCGGCUCAAUGGGAGAUGGAUUCCGUCUGGAAAUGGUUCGACCUCGAGCCUCGUCUAAGCGUGGCAAUCAUCACGGGAACUGGCCGUGCUUUCUCGGCGGGAGCAGACUUAAAGGAAUGGAAUAAUUCCAUGUCGGAUAAUGCAGACCCGAAGAAUCGUAUGGGCAAUGCACCGGCUUUCAAACCAUUGAGUCGUCGACUUGGAAAGAAACCGGUGAUCGCAGCAGUAAACGGGUUGGCAAUGGGUGGUGGAUGCGAGUUUGUCAUCAACUGCGACCUCGUCGUCGCCGCCGAAGACGCCUACUUUGCGCUUCCAGAGGUGAAGAGAGGAAUAGCUGCAAUCGGCGGUGCGUUGCCGCGACUAAUCCGUACUAUCGGAUUACAGAGGGCAUCAGAAUUCGCACUUACCGGCCGGAACGCCACGGCGCAGGAGAUGUUCCAAUGGGGCAUCGUCAACAAGGUAGUGCCGAAAGACCAUGUGGUAGCGGAGGCUGUCAAGUAUGCAGAACUUAUCGCGAAGAAUAGCCCAGAUGCUAUAAUAUGCACACGUGCCGGCCUAAGGCAGGGAUGGGAGACGGCGAGCGUGGAACGAGCCGUGGAGUGGACGCUGGAAAAGGAAUUUGCUGAGCUGCAAAGGGGAGAGAACAUGUUGGAGGGCCUAAAAGCGUUUUCCGAGAAAAGAGAACCUCAAUGGAAAGGAAGCAAGCUUUAA